UAUGAAACGUUUCUUGGAUGUAUGUCCAGACAAAACUCAUCUGAUCAUGUCUCAUCAAUAAUCUAUAAUCAAAAUAAUUCAUCCUACACUUCAACUUUACAAGCCUACAUCAGAAACCAAAGGUUCAACAAAACCGAUACUCCCAAACCUAUAAUCAUCGUGACCCCAUUACAUGAAACUCAUGUCCAAUCCACAGUUAUUUGCUCUAAGAACAUGGGAAUGAACCUUAGGAUCCGAAGUGGUGGACAUGAUUUUGAAGGACUAUCGUAUGUCUCCUACACUGCUACCUUUGUCCUACUUGAUAUGUCAAAUAUACGUACAAUUGAUGUCAACAUAGAUGAAGAAACUGCAAAUGUUCAAGUAGGUGCCACCAUAGGAGAACUUUAUUAUAGGAUAUGGGAAAAAAGCAAAAUUCAUGCUUUUCCAGCAGGAGUAUGCCCAACUGUAGGUGUAGGUGGACAUAUAAGUGGAGGUGGAUAUGGUGUUUUGUUGCGAAAAUAUGGAUUAACCGUUGACAAUGUAAUUGAUGCAACGAUAGUUGAUGCUAAGGGUCGGGUUAUGGAUAGAAAAUCAAUGGGAGAAGAUCUUUUUUGGGCCAUCCGGGGUGGAGGAGGUGCAAGCUUUGGAGUUAUAGUUUCCUACAAACUACAACUUGUUCGGGUUCCUGAAGUUGUCUCUGUGUUCCGAGUAUCAAAAACAUUAGAAGUAGAAAACGCAACUGAUAUUAUCAACCGGUGGCAAUAUGUAGCUGACAAGAUUGAUAGAGAUCUUUUCAUAAGGUUAAAUGUUAAGCCGGAUAACACAAAGAGUACUAUUCAUGCAAGUUUUACUGCGUUUUUUCUAGGAGAUUCGGAUAGUCUUGUUUCUGUAAUGAACGCAGGGUUUCCAGAACUAGGUAUACAGAAAACCGACUGUAAGGAAAUGAGUUGGAUAAAAUCCGAGCUUUUUUGGUCAAGCAGCGAGAAAAAUAGUGAGGAGGUUUUGCUAAAACGAACUUUUUCUCCCAAGUUUGCAAAAAGGAAAUCUGAUUACUUACAAACCCCCAUUCCUAGAAACGGGCUUGAAUCCAUAUUGCAAAAAAUGCUUGAGCUAAAGGUCGUGGAGCUAGUAUUUAACCCAUAUGGUGGAAGAAUGAGUGAAAUUCAAGAUUGGGAGACGCCAUUCCCACAUCGAGCAGGAAAUAUAUUCAAAAUUGAGUAUAGUGUUAACUGGCAUCAAAACGGGUCUGAAAUAGAGGCAUACUAUGUUAAUCAAACAAGACUUCUUUACGAUUUCAUGACGCCUUUUGUGUCAAAGAAUCCGAGAGGAGCAUAUAUGAACUAUAGAGACCUUGACAUUGGUACUAGUAGAGUCGGGAACAACACCUAUGUAGAUGGUAAAGUUUAUGGAGAAAAAUAUUUCAAGAGAAAUUUUGAUAGAUUGGUGAAAGUGAAGAGAAUGGUCGACCCGACUAAUUUAUUUACAAAUGAACAGAGUAUUCCCCUUUAG